AGUCGAAUGGCAACAUUGUGGCGAUGCUGAGGCGCAGAGUUUAGGCGACUGGUUCAUCAGUCUGGCCGGCUCCGGGCUUUCUGCGGCAGCAGCAGGGGCGGGGGCGGGGAUCUUGACCUGGGCGAGCGACCGGGACGCAAACAGCGCCAGCCUGACCCCGCAGGACCCGCGCCUCACCUCCGGAGCGCCGCAGUCGCAGCUCCACGGCCUCGCGCGGGGGCGCUGCGGCAGCGCGGGGCUUGUAAACAGAUCCGGCCGCAGGUGACCAUGUGAACUACCUGCUCCCGGGACGCUUAUUGUCCUUCUCUCGAUCCGCGCCACAAAGGAGCUCGGCGGUCAGGGCGCAGAGGGACGGGCGAACGAGCGGGGAGAGCCGGCAGGCGCACUAAGAUGGCUGAAGGCUCCCGGCGAGGGUGAGCGGGGGGCGCGGCGCAGCCAACGGGGAGUCCUCGGGCGGGCCGGGCCGGCGGCCCUUCCCCGCGGCGAGAAGCCGGAGCCACCAUGUCGUUCGCGCUGGAGGAGACGCUCGAGUCGGACUGGGUGGCUGUGCGGCCCCAUGUGUUCGACGAGCGCGAGAAGCACAAAUUCGUCUUUAUUGUGGCCUGGAACGAGAUUGAGGGCAAGUUUGCCAUAACCUGCCACAACCGGACGGCCCAGAGGCAGAGGAGCAGCUCCCGGGAGCAAGCGGGGGCGCGAGGGGGCGCCGAGGCCGGCGGAGCUGCGUCCGACGGGAGCCGCGGGCCCGGCAGCCCGGCGGGCAGGGGCCGGCCCGAGGCCAUUGCCUCUGCAACUCUGGUUAGGAGCCCCGGGCCCCGGCGGAGCUCGGCCUGGGCGGAGGCCGGCUCUCCUCGGAGCACUCGCAGCCUUCUGGGGGACCCGCGGCUGCGGAGUCCUGGCAGCAAAGGGGCGGAGAGUCGUCUUAGGAGCCCAGUGCGGGCCAAAGCCAUCCCGGGUCAGAAAGCAUCUGAAGCCGACGAUGCGGCGGGGGCAGCUGCUGCAGCAGCGCGGCCGGCGCCCAGAGAGGCCCCGGUGUCCUCUGUACGGAUAGUGAGCGCCUCUGGGACGGUCUCCGAGGAGAUAGAGGUGCUGGAAAUGGUGAAGGAGGACGAGGCGCCUCUGGCGCUCUCGGACGCGGAGCAGCCGCCGCCAGCCGCCGAGCUGGAGUCUCCGGCCGAAGAGUGCAGCUGGGCCGGACUGUUCUCUUUCCAGGACCUGCGCGCUGUGCACCAGCAGCUGUGCUCGGUGAACUCGCAGUUGGAGCCGUGUCUGCCGGUGUUCCCCGAGGAACCUUCGGGUAUGUGGACUGUGCUGUUUGGGGGCGCCCCCGAGAUGACCGAGCAGGAAAUCGACACUCUGUGUUACCAGCUCCAGGUCUACCUGGGCCACGGCCUGGACACCUGCGGCUGGAAGAUCCUCUCCCAGGUGCUCUUCACCGAGACCGAUGAUCCCGAGGAGUAUUACGAAAGCCUCAGCGAGCUGCGGCAGAAGGGCUACGAAGAAGUACUUCAGCGGGCCAGGAAGCGCAUCCAGGAGCUCUUGGAUAAGCACAAGAAUAUAGAGAGCAUGGUGGAGCUUCUGGACUUGUAUCAGAUGGAGGAUGAAGCCUACAGCAGCCUUGCAGAAGCUACAACCGAACUCUAUCAGUAUUUACUACAGCCAUUCCGAGACAUGAGAGAACUUGCCAUGCUACGAAGACAGCAGAUCAAGAUUUCCAUGGAGAACGAUUAUCUGGGACCUCGAAGAAUUGAGAGUCUACAAAAAGAAGAUGCUGAUUGGCAGCGGAAAGCUCACAUGGCUGUACUGUCUAUUCAAGAUCUUACUGUCAAGUACUUUGAAAUAACAGCUAAAGCUCAAAAAGCUGUGUAUGAUCGAAUGCGAGCUGAUCAGAAGAAAUUUGGUAAAGCAUCAUGGGCAGCGGCUGCUGAACGGAUGGAAAAACUCCAGUAUGCAGUUUCUAAGGAAACUUUGCAGAUGAUGAGAGCUAAAGAGAUAUGCUUGGAACAGCGGAAACAUGCGCUAAAGGAAGAGAUGCAGAGUUUGCGGGGUGGUACAGAAGCCAUAGCCCGAUUGGAUCAGUUAGAAGCUGACUAUUAUGACCUGCAACUUCAGUUGUAUGAAGUACAGUUUGAAAUCUUGAAGUGUGAAGAGUUAUUAUUGACAGCGCAACUAGAAAGCAUCAAAAGACUUAUAUCAGAAAAAAGAGAUGAAGUGGUGUACUAUGACACUUACGAAAGCAUGGAGGCCAUGCUGGAGAAGGAAGAGAUGGCAGCAUCUGCGUACUUACAGAGAGAAGAGCUGCAGAAACUUCAGCAGAAAGCACGCCAGCUGGAAGCAAGACGUGGACGGGUUUCCGCCAAGAAAUCCUACCUCAGAAAUAAAAAGGAAAUAUGUAUCGCAAAACACAAUGAAAAAAUCCAACAGCGCACUCGGAUUGAAGAUGAAUAUAGAACCCAUCACACAGUACAACUAAAGAGAGAAAAAUUACAUGAUGAAGAAGAAAGAAAAAGUGCCUGGGUUAGCCAAGAGAGACAGAGAACACUGGAUAGACUUCGAACAUUUAAACAGAGGUAUCCUGGGCAAGUCAUACUUAAAUCAACCAGAUUACGACUAGCUCAUGCAAGAAGAAAAGGUGCAACAAGUCCUGUUCUCCGAGAGGAUCAUUGUGACUCUCUACCAAGUGUGUUACAGGUAGAAGAGAAAACUGAAGAGGUGGGAGAAGGAAGAGUCAAGCGUGGGCCAUCACAGACAACAGAACCCCAGAGCCUUGUACAACUUGAAGAUACUUCAUUAACACAACUUGAAGCCACCUCAUUACCUCUCAGUGGUGUUACCUCUGAACUGCCUCCCCCUAUGUCUCUUCCACUUUUGAAUAACAACCUCGAACCAUGUUCUGUUACCAUAAAUCCACUCCCAUCCCCUCUUCCUCCAACACCACCACCUCCCCCACCUCCUCCCCCUCCCCCACCACCACCACCUCUGCCUGUUGCUAAGGACAGUGGCCCAGAGACACUGGAGAAAGAUCUGCCUAGAAAGGAGGGGAAUGAGAAGAGGAUCCCAAAGUCAGCCAGUGCCCCCUCAGCACACCUCUUUGACAGCAGCCAGCUGGUCAGUGCACGGAAGAAGCUCAGAAAGACUGCUGAAGGUUUGCAGAGGAGGAGAGUGAGCUCACCCAUGGAUGAGGUGCUAGCCUCCUUGAAGCGUGGUAGUUUUCAUCUGAAAAAGGUUGAACAGCGAACUCUGCCUCCUUUUCCUGAUGAAGAUGAUAGUAAUAAUAUCUUGGCACAAAUAAGGAAAGGGGUAAAAUUGAAGAAGGUACAGAAGGAUGUUUUGAGAGAAUCCUUCACACUUCUACCCGAUACAGACCCUCUAACACGGAGCAUCCAUGAAGCUCUUAGAAGAAUUAAAGAAGCAUCCCCAGAGUCAGAGGAUGAAGAGGAGGCUUUGCCUUGCACAGACUGGGAGAACUAACAAGUAAACGGCCUUAUUGUCUUUAGUUGCAUUCAGUAAUACAGGUUUUAUAUCGGAUGAUGAGGUUUGGGGUAUUUUUUAUUGAGCCUGAGGCAUAUCGUUUGUUUUAUAGCCCAAUUUUAGCAUGGAUCACAAAUUUGUGAACUUCAGGUUUUACUUAAUUCUGUAGUUUCUAGAAACUUAAGAUAACUUUUUAAUGAUUAUUGCUAUGUAAAUACUAUUUUUAAAAAUGUCCUCAUUAAAAAUUUCUGCCAUACAGCUGUAAUUGCAAGUAAAGUGACAGUCUCAUUCUUGCCCUAAAAAAAACAGAAAAGGGCCUGGCACGGUGGCUCACACCUGUAGUCCUAGCACUUUGGGAGGCUGAAG